UGAGCGCGGCGCGGGGCUGCCCCUUCCCGGAGGCGGCGGGGGCGGCCGGGGCCUCGCCGCACCGCACCGCGCGGGCGGCCAUGGAGCGAGCCUAGGGUGCCGCAGGAAUUAUGGGAGGCACCUCAGUGAAGAAAUGGACCAGUGUGUAUAAUCAUGGAAUCUCCUUGCUGACAAUCACCACCUGCUCUUCUUGAUAAGUGAGAGAGAGUAGUCAGGGGAGAAGGAAAAGAGGUCAACAUGAAGCUAAAGCAGCGAGUCGUGCUGUUAGCAAUUCUCCUUGUCAUCUUUAUCUUCACCAAAGUUUUCCUGAUUGACAACUUAGAUACAUCAGCUGCCAACCGGGAGGACCAGAGGGCCUUUCACCGAAUGAUGGCUGGCUUGCGGGUAGAGCUGGUGUCCAAGCUGGACCACACCUUGCAGUCUCCCUGGGAGAUUGCAGCCCAGUGGGUGGUUCCCCGGGAAGUGUACCCUGAAGAGACACCAGAGCUGGGGGCAAUCAUGCAUGCCAUGGCCACCAAGAAAAUCAUUAAAGCUGAUGUAGGUUAUAAAGGGACACAACUGAAAGCCUUACUGAUACUUGAAGGAGGACAGAAAGUUGUCUUCAAACCUAAGCGGUAUAACCGAGACUAUGUGGUAGAAGGGGAACCAUAUGCUGGUUAUGAUAGACACAAUGCAGAGGUAGCAGCCUUUCAUUUGGACAGGAUUCUGGGUUUCCGCCGAGCCCCCUUGGUGGUUGGCAGAUUUGUUAAUCUGCGGACAGAGAUCAAGCCUGUUGCCACGGAGCAGCUCUUGAGCACCUUCCUAACUGUAGGAAAUAAUACUUGUUUCUAUGGGAAGUGUUAUUAUUGCCGAGAAACAGAGCCAGCCUGUGCUGAUGGAGACACGAUGGAGGGGUCUGUCACGCUUUGGCUUCCAGAUGUGUGGCCUCUACAGAAACACCGACACCCAUGGGGCAGGACUUACCGAGAGGGCAAAUUAGCCAGGUGGGAGUAUGAUGAGAGCUACUGUGACGCUGUGAAGAAAACAUCCCCUUAUGACUCCGGCCCUCGCCUCUUGGACAUCAUUGAUACAGCUGUCUUUGAUUACCUGAUUGGCAACGCUGACCGCCAUCACUACGAGAGUUUUCAAGACGAUGAAGGCGCUAGUAUGCUUAUCCUUCUCGAUAAUGCCAAAAGCUUUGGGAACCCCUCGCUGGAUGAGAGAAGCAUUCUUGCCCCUCUCUAUCAGUGUUGCAUCAUUCGGGUUUCUACCUGGAACAGACUGAACUCUCUGAAGAAUGGUGUGCUGAAGUCUGCCUUAAAAUCUGCCAUGGCCCAUGACCCCAUCUCCCCAGUGCUCUCUGAUCCUCACCUAGACGCUGUGGACCAGCGGCUCCUGAGUGUCCUGGCCACCGUGAAGCAGUGCACCGACCAGUUUGGGAUGGACGCAGUGCUGGUGGAAGACAGGAUGCCUCUCUCCCACUUGUAAUUCUCCACAAAAUAAGUGAAACUUCUU